UUGUUCAUCACGAAGUAAGGAGACAAAAAAGAAAGAUUCAAAAUAUGGCUUCAUUCCCCAGAGAACACAUGUUCCUGGAAACAUACCAUUGGAUGAUGAUAAAGCCGUAUACCAAGAAAUCCCAGAGCUACAUGUGGAACGUAAAGGUUUCUUGGCUAAGCAGAAAAGAGACAAUCUAAGCAGGAAUAGCAGUAGAAAAAGUAAUGCAACCUUACGAUCUGCGAUAUAUAGCGCACCUUUCUCUGAUCAAAGUUCUACAUUAGCUUUAAAAACUAAUCUAAGCAGAAAUAGCAGUAGAAAAAGCAACGGAACCUCUCGAUCUGCAUUAUAUGAUAUACUGUUCUGUGAUCCAAGUACAACAGCAACUCUGAAACCUAUUCUUAGUAGACCAAAUAGCAAGAAAAGCAACGCAACAUCAAGGUCUACAACGUUUACGGAACCUUUUUCUCAGAAUAGAGAGCUGCCUCGUCGACCAGAAGAUUAUUUGUCUAGCAGUGACCUAUGGCAUGUACCGACUUCAGACUAUGAAUCAUACCCGAAUUCAACAUAUGGAAACCCAUACAAUCAAGAAUAUGAAACCAGUAGUGAAAGAAGACCUACGGAUGGAAACAUAUAUCAGUCGAACCAAGAUGCAGAUGUAGUUUCACAGCAUGAAGACAAUCAGUUAUGGAACUUUGAUGCCCAACAUAUAGGCAAUUGGGAAAAAUUCUAUCCUAUGAAUAACAGAAUACGCGGGUAUUGUAUUAUUUUCAACGUUGAAGAUGUCGGGGGACGUAUAAGAAAUGGUACUAAUAUUGAUGCAAAAAGAAUGGAAAAGAGUUUUAAACACUUAGGAUUUCAUGUAGUCGUAAGGCAGAAUCCAACCAGAGCAAUAAUCAACAGUACCAUGAAAGGCUAUCGCUCCAUAAACCACAGCAACGACGAUUGUUUUGUGUGUGUAAUUCUUAGCCACGGCAGAGAUGGACACAUUAGAGCAACUAACAACGAAGAAGUACCUCUUCAAGAAAUUAUCGACUAUGUGAAAAGUUGUCGGACUCUCCUCGGAAAGCCGAAACUAUUUUUCGUUCAGGCCUGUCGUGGAAACAACGUAGACCACGGAAUAACAACUGAUGCAUAUGGUGACAUGAACAACGUACAAAUGAUAAAAUGUUCGUCCCAUACUGAUGUAUUAGUAUCCUAUGCAACUGUACAAGAUUUUGUUGCCUACAGAGAUGGUGAAUGUGGAUCUAUUUAUAUAAAGAAUUUAUCUCACCUUCUCUUCCAACAAGGAUUUAAAACAAAGCUUACAGACAUAUUACCUCAAGUCACUGAAAUCACAUCCCGUGGGUUGACCAAUGUUUGCCAGGUUCCUAGUUUUACAUCGACAUUGACAAAGUCACUCCUAUUUACACGCAAAAAAACAGUGGUAAAACAGACUUUACAUUAUAGUGAUAGGGACACAUGAAGACUUUGAUCAUGAUGAAUCUUUAAGACUUCCAUGAGGACUAUAAGUUUACAACUGUUGUCCCCUCUACGAGCUGUCGCAGACACAUUGGUGCUAUUCGACAGGUAAUCGUUGUGCUGAAUUGACUGAUCGCAUGCAGAUGGAAUAAGUUCAAUUCUAAAAAGAACGCAACG